AACUGUCAAUGCAUUGCAGUCAGUGCAGAAGGCUGUAUAACAGUCACUAAACAUAGUAAACAUGCUCGACAACAACAAUAACAAUAUCGAGAAGAAGAACAGCAAAAGUUAUUGGAAGUUGCUGCUAGAAAACAGAGAUUCGUAGAACGCAGAAUGAUAGGUGCUGGCAAGAUCAUGCUCGAAGAUGAAUCCACCAUCUGUGAAGACAUGCUUAAUGCUUUGGAUGUUAGUGGUCUCCAAGCAAAGGCAGCUGCUUUCAAUGAUUACAAUUUCGAGGCACCUAACCGAAGUCCAUUGGCAAUAGACAAUCAAAGAACAGCCAUUCUUGAACUUCUCAAAAAAGAAAAUGUCAUCAUUGUUAAGGGCUUUACCGGUUGUGGUAAAACGACUCAAGUUCCCCAAUUUGUUUUAGAUGAAUGCUACUGAACCAAAACUCCUUGCAACAUUGUUGUGACUCAACCAAGGCGCAUUGCAGCCAUUAGCAUAGCCAAAAGGGUCUGCUAUGAAAGAAAUUGGACAUUGGGAACCGUUGUUGGAUACAGAGUAACUUUGAAUAUUUUGUCACACUGUUAUCACUUUUACUAUUGAAAGCUAUGUGUUUACUAGGUUGGCAUGGAACAUCAAGUAAGUGAAUCAACUUUGCUCACCUAUCUGACCGCAGGAUGCCUUCUUGAAGCAUUAGUAGCCAAAAAAUCCCUUGAAGACUAUAUCCACAUCAUUAUUGACGAAGUACACGAGAGGGAUGAAGAUACUGACUUCCUUCUCUUGGUCGUCCGCAAGUUCCUCCGUCAUACGAGGACGACAACUAAAGUCUUUCUGAUGUCAGUUACUUUUGAUGCCGACAAAUUAGGGCAAUAUUUCAAUAGCCCCGUCAUUGGAAACUUUCCGUUCACGUCCAAAAGACCAUUUCGCAACGCUCCCAUAAUUGAAGUGGAGCACGGUGAACCUCACGACAUCCGCGUUUACUAUAGUGAACAUCUUCAAAAACUAGAGUUUCUAGGGGGAGUAUGAACUACCCCUAUGAUAGCGUACCGGAAAUCCAUAAGCUCAAAUACGAAGCGGUCGCUAAGUUAAUUUCGGCUUUCGAUGGCAGACGAGAGAUACAGCGCUACGGUCGCCAUCCAAAAUCCAAAAUAUGAAAACAUUUCCAGCAACCGCAGCGCAAUACUUAUAUUCCUGCCCGGCGUCUGUGAAAUAGAAAAUAUGCACAAAG